CUGGUCUGGGUGAGUUCAGGAUUCGGGAUCUGAACGAUGAGAUCAACAAGCUGCUGAGAGAGAAAGGUCACUGGGAGGUCCGCAUCAAAGAGCUCGGAGGACCCGACUAUGCACGCAUCGGGCCAAGGAUGUUGGACCACGAAGGAAAGGAGGUGCCUGGAAACCGCGGCUAUAAAUACUUUGGAGCUGCCAGAGACCUGCCGGGAGUCCGGGAGCUGUUUGAGAAGGAGCCUGCCCCAGCGCCGAGGAAGACAAGGGGGGAGCUGAUGAAGGAUGUGGAUGCAGAGUAUUACGGCUACAGAGACGAAGACGACGGCGUCCUUCUUCCUCUGGAGGCGCAGUACGAGAAACAAG